AUGUCAUUAGACCUUCGGGUAGGCAUGAAAGUCUUCAACGAAGAAGACACGUUUGGUGAGCUUAAGAAAAUGACGGGGAUGGAAAGCAUCAUCAUUUCAACUGCCCUAGAGAUGUUCAGGUCUAUGAGCCUGGGUUACGCUGAGCCGACACUGCCGGAGAUUACAAGGAGAGAGAUGGGGGAGGAUCAGAGUCUACUUGCAAUGCCGGCUGACUCCUUGGAUGACCAUACUGUCGAACGACUGGAAGAUUCCAAGAACGAACCUUGGUCAGCUACGAGCUCAUCGCCACGCACACAGUUUCCAACCAAUCUCACAGUUCUCCGCAAAUCGGAAAACCUGGAGCUGGAAAGAAGGUACACUGCCACGAUCGCAACACACGGAAGCACAGCCGAUCAGCACACGACUUUGACUGCAUCAUACAACUAUCUCAAGAUUGGAGUGCGGGUUGUGAGAAGUCUCAAAGCCUUCUUUCGAGCUAAGAAAGAGAUAUCACAACUAAAGAAAUAUACUCCGGGCAAGAUCUAUUAUUUGGAGCAGAAAAAGUAUCUUUUCGGAUAGGAACUGGAGAAUUGAAACAAGGAUGUCCUAUUAAGCAAUUUCGAUUACCGUUCACAAUCGAACAACAAUGAAUGGAAAUCUUUGGGCGAUGCAAGUCCUCACCCAAAGGAAUCGUAAACACUGAUCCCGAUACUGCUUGCAAAGACUUGGUUGCAUUAUACAACGCUUCCAAUGCUGGCAAGAAUGUAGUUGGCAGUCAACAUAACAAUCUCGUUGCAGUGCACGCGGUCCUCAACAAUUCACAUUCAACGGUUUCAAGCCGCGCCAUGUAACACCAUGGCCAUA